AAAAACCCUAGCUCCUCUCUAAACCACAUCUCCCUCGAACGACCUUCCCCAAGAAACAAACGCAGAAACGUUCGGGAAAAUCAACUUGAUCAUGGCGAGUCAUACACCGAAUCUGGAGUGCCGGAUGUACGAGGCAAAGUACCCGGAGGUUGACAUGGCGGUGAUGAUCCAGGUCAAGAACAUCGCCGAUAUGGGAGCCUAUGUGUAUCUGCUCGAGUACAACAACAUCGAAGGUAUGAUCCUAUUCUCCGAGCUCUCUCGCCGUCGGAUCCGUAGUGUGAGCAGUCUCAUCAAGGUUGGAAGAAUCGAGCCUGUCAUGGUGCUGCGUGUCGACAAAGAGAAGGGUUACAUUGACCUGAGCAAGCGUAGGGUUAGUGAGGAGGAUAUUCAGGCAUGUGAGGAGAGGUACAACAAAAGCAAACUCGUUCAUUCUAUCAUGCGUCAUGUUGCCGAGACUCUGGGAAUAGAUUUGGAGGAGUUGUAUAUAAAUAUUGGCUGGCCUUUGUACCGGAAAUAUGGUCAUGCUUUUGAGGCAUUCAAGAUCAUCGUGACGGAUCCUGAUUCCGUGUUGAAUUCCCUCACCCGUGAGAUUAAAGAAGUUGGGCCUGAUGGGCAGGAGGUGACUAAAGUUGUACCUGCUGUGACGGAGGAGGUGAAGGACGCUCUUGUGAAGAAUAUCAGGAGGAGAAUGACACCACAGCCUAUGAAGAUCCGAGCUGAUAUCGAAUUGAAGUGUUUUCAGUUUGAUGGAGUUCUUCACAUUAAGGAGGCAAUGCGGAAGGCUGAAGCUGCUGGAACUGAUGACUGUCCUGUAAGGAUUAAGUUGGUUGCUCCUCCUCUAUACGUCCUUACUACUCAGACACUUGACAAGGAGCAAGGAAUUGCAACUCUGAGCAAAGCCAUUACAGCUUGCACUGAAACAAUUGAGCUACACAAGGGCAAACUCUCCGUAAAGGAGGCACCAAGAGCCGUGAGUGAACGGGACGAUAAGCUGCUGGCUGAACACAUGGCCAAGCUCGGACUCGAGAAUGAAGAAGUUAGUGGCGACGAAGACAGUGAAGAGGACGAGGAAGAAGACACGGGAAUGGGUGAUGUUGACGUUGAUGCUGUCACUGGUAUCACUGAGUGAGAUUCUCUUGAUUUCACCCUUUGGGAAACUUGAAUCUCUCCAAAUUUUUCACCUUCACAUACCCAUCUCUCCAGAAUUAAGAGUUUUUUUUUUUUUGAAAAAAAGGCAAACGUACUUAUAUGCUUUGUAUCCUGUUCUAAGAUUUUUUAUGAAAUUCUUCCCAUAAUCCUCUCCUUUGUGUGCUUGUU